UCGUGUCGUACUGCACCUGCCUGGCACCACUUCACCAAAACACACCGGAGUCGUUCAGUUGCCAACGGGAAAGGGCUAGGCUCUGCUCUCUCUUUUGUCAUGGGCGACAUCCAGAACCUCUCAUCGUUUGAUCCCUUCGCCGACUCGCAGGAGGAGCGCCGCGACCAAACCAAGGUCCAUGUCCGAGUGCAGCAGCGCAGCGGGCGCAAGUGUAUCACGACGGUGCAGGGGCUGGCGGACGACCUCGACCUGAAGCGCAUCCUCAAGGCCUUCAAGAAGAACUUCAGCUGUAACGGCGCGAUCGUGAGCGAUACGGAGGGCGGCGAGAUCGUGCAGAUGUCCGGAGACCAACGGACAAACAUCCACGAGUUCCUUGUUGACCAGCAGAUCUGUGUUGCAAGUCAGGUGGUGCUGCACGGAUUCUAAGUAAUCAAAAACAUCACAGGUUCCGCCGCUACUUUUGCUGUGGUGGUCGUGGUGGGCUUGUCGUCGUCGUCGUCGUCCGUACCUUUUCUUCGGAGGAGGACAAACACAGGAGGCGAUCUACCAUGUCUAGAGGGACGGAAGAGCAAGACAUCUCCGGAGACUCGAAGCGGCUGCGGGCGACGAUCGGCGGCAAUACCAGUAGCAGCAGUCUCAGCAGGAAGCAGGUCACCGCGGCGGAGGCCGGGGUGGUGCUGCUGGGGGACGGUAGACUUUCGCGAGUGUUUUUUUGGACGACGUGUGCGCUCUGGUGCUGUUGUGCGCCGAUUUUUUCCCCCUACAACUAUCUUCUUUUGGCGUGGUACAUUCGAUGUACCUCAAACCUUGUUGCUUGUUCAUGCCGGGGGUCCAUUCCGGUAGGGGGGUCUGUUUUUUUUGUAAGGGAUAUAGGUCCGGUUCGAUGGUUGUAGAGCAGGAGGACCUCAGGUAAAUAUGACCAGCCAGAGGGAUUGUGGCCUAGAAUAGACCUCCCCCCCUUUUGCGCGCCGCUCGCUGCACACAGCAGUGCGUGAGGGGAAAGGGGACGGGGCGCUGACGUUCGAAGGAUGGAAUCGGUUGAAUCGAAGAGGCAAGGGUUCCUGAUCACCGUGCAAAGAGAUGUUGGCACGAGCAGCAAGCAGGAGACGGGCGGGUUGCAGUGGUCUGGGGAUGGGAUGCUCGAUCGCUUGUCGUACCCUUCGAUGGUGUAUUCCAGGAUGGUGACAGGCUUUUUCGUGUCCAUGAAUAAAUAACGAACGGCUGAAAAACAGCCACUUAGCAUGUUGUACGGAUGCGGGCGCGGAGGCUAAGCCGCUACUUGGUAGUUUGUUUUGUUCCAUCGUAGGUGUCGUUGCUUGUUGCACUGACCCUCCGCAAGUAUAGGAGCGCCAAACAUUACCGCACGUGGCAAUGAGAGCGCUCCCGGGCAGCACACACUUUUUUCGCGCGCGUACACUUCUCAUCCGCUCACGCAGUCAAAGUACAUUUAGGCAUGUAGCCCCAAUCUUGGGGCCGUGAUUACCUCCAGCCAGCGAGUGCUGCACGUUAUUAUGAUGGUG